AUGAUAUCUUCUCUGCUUUAUCUGUCUAUCCUGGCGCUCAAUCUGGUUCGAUAUACAGAUGCUUUAGACCCACGAGUUAAGCUUGCUUUUACUAUAGACCGUCCAUCUCAAGGCUCCAGCAUCACCCCUGAUGGAAAGCGGAUAUUUCUUCAACUGGUCACUUUUGAUGACUCAACAGGGCCUGGACUUGUUGAGAGGCAAGCAAAUGGCUCUCUUACUGCUUAUCCGAAUGAAGCCUGGGAUUCCUGGACUGAGGGAGAUGAUCCGACAACAGCCUUUGUAUCAGUUGCAGCUCAGCGUAUCGGUCCGGAUGGUCAAUUUUGGGUAAUCGACAAUGGUUACGGUAGUGACGGUGUCAUUCCUGAAGGCGCAAAAGUUGUCACUUUCAACCUGACGACUAAUCAACGUACUCGAACAUACCCAUUCGGAAAUCUUACCCACUCUGCCAGCUUGCUGGACGAUAUCCGAUUCAAUGGCAAUGAAGCGUACUUGACCGAUGCAGGAGUUGGAAGCAUCAUCGCUCUCGACCUUGUCACUGGCCACGGUCGGCGUCUUUUGGAGAAUCAACCAGCAACGGUUGGGUAUAUGGCUACGUCAAGUGAAGGAUAUCUGAUGCGAAACUCGACAAAUGGGCUCCACUUUAUCCAGGCCGAUCAGCUAGAGGUUUCCCCUGAUGGAAAAUGGCUUCAUUUCCAAACAACAGCCGGUGGAAUGUCUCGUAUUGCAACGAAAUACCUCCAUAAUGCCUUGCACAACCACUCGAUCGCCGAUACGGAUCUGGCACUGAAUGUGAAACCAUUUGCUCCUACUAGUUGCACCGGCAGUACCGCGACUGAUUCUGAAGGUGUCAUGUACGCCAGCGAUACGAAUCACCUCAACAUCAUGAAGAUCCUCCCUAAUGGAACCAUGACUACUUUUAUCCACGACCCCAGCCUUGUUUGGGUUGAUGGUAUGUUGCUUGAUGGUCAAAAGCGACUUUGGCUACCGGCUGCACAGUUUAAUCGUGCACCAGAGUGGCAUAAUGGGACGAAUGAAAUACGAAAACCCAUACAUAUAUACACGGUUGAUAUCGAGAAUGGUCCCGCAUCUCUUGAUCAUGCUUGA